UAUCCCAGCAGUCAGUGAUAGUUUUAUUAAAACGUGUGUUUGACAGUUUGGAGCUCGUGCACAUUUGGAUCUGAUCAGAAAAACGAUGGAUCCGCUGCUGUAUUUAGGCGGAGUGGUGAUGUUGUUCCUGCUGUGGAUCAAAGUCAAAGGUCUAGAUUACGUGAUCGUGCACCAGAGGUGGAUAUUUGUGUGUUUGUUCCUGCUGCCGCUUUCCGUUAUUUUCGAUGUGUAUUAUUAUGUUCGCGCGUGGCUCAUUUUCAAGAUGUGCUCUGCGCCCAAACUGCACGACCAGCGCGUGCGAGACAUCCAGCGACAGGUGCGUGAGUGGAAGAAGGACGGCAGUAAGACCUACAUGUGUACGGGUCGACCCGGUUGGCUCACUGUGUCUCUCAGAGUCGGGAAAUACAAGAAAACACACAAGAACAUUAUGAUCAACAUGAUGGACAUUCUGGAGGUGGACACAAAGAGGCAGGUGGUGAGAGUUGAGCCGCUGGCCAACAUGGGUCAGGUGACCGCCCUCCUCACCUCUAUUGGCUGGACGCUGCCGGUGCUGCCCGAGCUCGAUGACCUCACUGUGGGUGGUUUGGUGAUGGGUACAGGCAUUGAGUCGUCCUCUCACAUUUACGGGCUGUUUCAGCACAUCUGCGUCGCCUAUGAGCUGGUUCUAGCUGAUGGCAGCUUGGUUCGCUGCACUGAGGAGGAGAACUCGGACCUUUUCCACGCCGUCCCAUGGUCCUGUGGAACUCUGGGGUUCUUGGUUGCAGCUGAGAUUAAAAUAGUCCCAGCUAAACCCUGGGUGAAGCUGCGCUAUGAGCCGGUCAGAGGGCUGGAGAACAUCUGCAAACGCUUUACUGAAGCAUCCGAGAACAAGCAGAACACGUUUGUAGAGGGUCUCCAGUACACCCGGGACAGCGCCGUCAUCAUGACGGGAACAAUGACCGACCACGCUGAGCCUGAUAAGAUUAACAGAAUCGGGCUGCACUUCAAACCCUGGUUCUUUAAACAUGUGGAGGGUUAUCUGAAAGGUGAUCACACUGGAGUUGAAUACAUCCCUCUGAGACAGUACUAUCACAGACACACACGCAGCAUCUUCUGGGAGCUUCAGCUCGCAGACUUAGCUGCACCGAUUAGUCGAUAA